GCGAGAUAAAGCUAGGGUGAAGGUAAGAAACGUUAAGAAACGACUAAAUAAAUAAAUAAAUAAAGCUCUAUGCUCUCUUUACAUCUGCUUGUUCCAGCCGCUGCCAACUCAGCCGCGGUGCCAGCAAUUCAGCCCCCGCAGCCUUGUCGGCCUGGGCUCCUAGAUAGCUCGGAUUCCUCUUCCAACCACACCCUAGCCCUAUCUCACUGCCGUCUCGAAUACCAUAUUGCACCCACUGCAUCCGCUACAUCAGCUGCAUCUGCGCCGUCAUGCCCGGCAGCGACAUCCGCCUGCUCGCCCUUGACGGCGGCGGCGUGCGCGGCCUGUCUUCGCUCCUGAUCCUCCAGCAGCUCAUGACCGCCAUCGAUGCUGAGUCGCCACCUAAGCCCUGCGACUACUUCGACAUGAUCGGCGGCACCAGCACCGGCGGCCUUAUUGCCAUCAUGCUAGGCCGUCUGCAAAUGACCGUCGACAACUGCAUCCACGCCUAUGCUUCACUGUCCGAUAGCGUUUUCGAGAAAAAGAGCCGCCGGGUUACGAUUAAAGGCAAGCUCCAGGGUCGGUUCGACGCCGCCGAGCUCGAGCGAGCCGUGAAGAAGAUCCUGGUAGAGCGCGGGUUCGACGAAAACGCACUACUCAAGGACGCUCCCGAUGCGCCUUGCAAGGUAUUCGUCUGCGCGACAAGCAAAGAAACUAACGACACCGUCUGCCUAACGAGCUAUCGAUCCCCCCGUGGCGGCACCGACCUCCUGAAUUCUACAAAAAUAUGGCAGGCGUGCCGCGCUACGUCUGCCGCCACAACUUUCUUCGACCCCAUUGCCAUCGGCCCUUUUGAUGAGGAAUUCGUCGACGGCGCGCUGGGAGCAAACAACCCUGUCUACGCGCUGUGGACCCAGGCCCGAGAUGUGUGGGGUGAUCAGCUGCGGGCAGGCGGCUUAAAUGCGUGGUUUCGAUCGGCACAGGAGUACCUGCGCUGAAGCCGGUGCGCGACGACGUCUUCGGGAUCUGGGCUACCCUAAAAGAACUUGCGACCGAGACGGAAAAGACAGCUGAGCAGUUCCGCCGCGACCACUCGAACCUCGACGACGAAGGACGCUAUUAUCGCUUUAAUGUCGAUCACGGACUCGAGGAUGUCGGUUUGGAAGAGUCGAAGAAGAAGAAAGAGAUUGCGGCGGCGACUAGGCGCUACGUUGCGUCGCAGCGCGUAGUCAAGCAGAUGAAAGCGUGCGCAAAUAACCUUGCGGGACGAAAGUAUUAUGGCCGCUACCAGACGAUAUUCACACUACGGGGCGUGCCGGUAUCGAGUAAAUUUGUUGAUAGACCGUCCGACACUGCCGAGCUCGAACGAUAUCUCCUGCCGCAUUCCCGGCGGAGUCACGGACGCAAGAUAUUUGUUCUCUACGGACUUGGUGGCAUCGGGAAGACACAGCUGGCUGCCGACUUUGCUCGACGCCAUCAAGCUACGUUCAGUUCGGUCUUCUGGCUAGAUGGUAGGUCGGAGGACCGACUGAGACAGAGUCUUGCUGGCUGUGUAAGCAGGAUACCAGAAGGUCAGAUUCCAGACAGGAGCAAGAAUCGCGCCUUAAAUACCGAGGACGAUCUUAAUCUCGUGGUGAUGGAUGUGUUAGAGUGGCUUGCGCGGCCGGACAAUACCGACUGGCUGCUAGUCUUCGACAACGUCGACCAAGACCACGAGCAAGGCGGGUCGACAGGCACAUACGAUAUUCGGCAGUACCUUCCGGGCGAUCACGGGUUGGUGCUGAUUACUACACGUUUAUCAAGGCUAGCACAGCUCGGUAACUCGAAACGACUGAACAAGGUGGGCCAAGAAUUGGGUACUACUAUAUUUACGCAGUGGUAUGGGCAACAAUUGGUUAUGGACGAGACUGCGACCGAGCUGUUCGGUUUGCUCGAUGGCCUGCCGCUUGCGCUGGCUCAGGCUGCGUCAUAUCUCCGCGAGACCGGGCUCGACAUUACGUCGUACGUUCGGCUCUACAAGCAGCAGUGGGACGACUUGAUGAGGCUUGACAGCGAGUCUAGCUUACCGCUAGUGGAUUACGAGCAGGGAAGUAUUGGGACAACGUGGACGAUAUCAUUCAAGGCAAUCGAGGCGAGGAACGGGAACGCCUCGAAUCUGCUGCGGCUCUGGGCUUUUAUUGACAACAAAGACUUAUGGUUCGGUCUACUGCAAGCUGCGGCAUACGGUGGGGAACAAUGGCCCGGAUGGCUCUGCGAUAUAGCGUGCAACGAAGUCAGGUUCUUGGACGCAGCGAGACUGCUGCUCCGCUACUCGAUGAUCGAGGCCCGAGAGUCCGUGCAGGAUAGCGGCAGCGGCAGCGGCAGCAGCAGCUACAGCAUACACCCGGUGGUGCACAGGUGGACGUCGCACAUACAGGAUGACAACGAGAAAAGACUGUUUCUGCAGCUGGCGGUGAUGGUGGUUGGAUUCUCAGUACCCGACAGCAAGACUGAGGAUUAUUGGGUGCUCCAGCGGCGGCUUCUCCCGCAUGCGGAGAGAUGCUCAUGGUGGGCUGGGGGGUUCCGGGGGGGCGAGAGCGACUUCGAAGGCAUUAAUACCACCGGCGCAACACAUAUGUUGGGCAUCCUUUACGUAGAUCAGGGCCGACUAGGGGAAGCCGAAGCGAUGUACCAGCGGGCGCUGGAAGGCAAGGAGAAGGCGCUCGGGCCGGAUCACACAUCGACUCUCAGUACAGUCAACAACUUAGGCAACCUUUACGUAAAUCAGGACCGACUAGGGGAAGCCGAGGCGAUGUACCAGCGGGCGCUGGAAGGAUGGGAGAAGGCGCUCGGGCCAGAUCACACAUCGACUCUCAGUACAGUCAACAACUUAGGCAACCUUUACGUAAAUCAGGACCGACUAGGGGAGGCCGAGGCGAUGUGCCGACGGGCGCUAUCCGGGUUUCAGACUACUCUGGGGCCAUCUCAUUCAAAAUCUCAACGUGCCAUACGGAGUAUAGAAUCUUUACAGCAAACACAAGGUACCUUCGAUAUAUAUUCCUGUCGCAACAUUAACUAA